UCGGAGGAUUACGAAAGAGGCGCAGGAGGAGACAAAGGUAAAAGGAGGGCGGCGUACGGUUCCAGAUCCUGCCCGUCGGAUCCCGGUACACUUGUAUUCGCGGUUCCUCGUGCUGAUAACGCUUUCCUGAAGCAGACAUGGGACUGCAGAUUCAGAGGAAGCACAAGGCUCGGAAAAAGGUCACGUCAGUCUCUUUGGGUUUCCUGCUCCACUGCCACCGGAUAAGCUGGCAUCUCCUGGACUCGUCCUCACGCUUUCACGCGUCUCGUUUCUCCGCAGCCUCCAGGGAGCCGUGCCUCUCCUCCGAUGGAUCCCUUCGCCCCGUUUCAGGCAUGACGGUCCCGCCCAGAGGACCCGGCGGCCAGCAAAACGCGCUCAGCUCGAACCACACGCCCAGCACCACCAGCAGCUCCAGCUCCUUCACGGCAGAGAUGGACGAAGUGGAUUCAUUCAGGCUAAAACGCCACUCUGAGGAUGCCAUCUCCAUCGCCCCAUCUACUACAGAGUCCAGCAUAGUGGAAGAUGCGUACUACGCCAGCGUUCGAGCAGAGCUGGACUCCAUGGCGCAGGACUUAGAGGUGGAGUCGUGGAGUUUGGCCGUGGAUCAGCCGUUCCUAAAGAAACAUUCCAAAGAGACGAUCAAGAGGCAGGAUGUUAUAUACGAACUGAUCCAGACGGAGAUGCACCACGUGCGAACGCUGAAGAUAAUGCUGCGCGUCUACGUUCACGGCCUGCGGGAGGCGCUGCAGCUGGACGAGCGCAGCCUGGACUGUUUGUUUCCGUGCCUGGAAAGCUUGCUGGAUCUGCACAGCCGUUUCCUGUCCCGCCUCCGGGAACGCCGACAGGAGACGCUGGAACCGGGCGGCGAGCGCAACUACGUCAUCCACAGAGUGGCCGACAUCCUCACCGAACAGUUCUCAGGUGAGCACGGGGACUGGAUGAAGGAAUGCUACGGUGCGUUCUGCAGUCGGCACAGCGAAGCCGUCACCUACUACAAAGAGCAGCUGCAGAGCAACAAGAAGUUUCAGAACCUCAUCAGGAAAAUCAACACUCUGUCGAUAGUGCGGCGGCUGGGCGUUCCCGAAUGCAUCCUCCUCGUGACCCAGCGCAUCACGAAGUACCCCGUCCUGGUGGAGCGCCUGCUUCAGUACACAGAAGCCGGCACCGAGGAGCACGAGGAACUGGACGCGGCGCUCAACCUGAUCAAGGGCGUGAUCGUGCAGGUGGACGCCCGGGUCGACCUCUGCCAGAGAGAGACGCGCCUCAAAGAGAUCGUCUCCAAGAUGGAGCCCAAACCGUUCAGCAAGAUCAAAGACGGUCACAUAUUCAGGAAGGAGGACGUGCUGCAGGGCAGGCGGAGGCUCCUGCACGAGGGCACCGUGAACUGGAAGGCUGCUUCCGGAAGGCUCAAGGAUAUCCUCGCUGUACUGCUGACCGAUGUGCUGUUGUUGCUACAAGAGAAGGAUCAGAGAUACGUUUUCUCAGCUGUGGACGGGAAGCCGUCGGUGAUCUCCCUGCAGAAGCUGAUCGUCAGGGAGGUGGCACACGAGGAGAAGGCCAUGUUCCUCAUCUGCGCCUCCUCCAACGAGCCCGAGAUGUACGAGAUACACACGUCGUCUAAAGACGAGCGCAACACCUGGAUCACCCUCAUCCGCCAGGCGGUCGACAGUUGUCCUCUUACAGCGGAGGAAAUCUUCAGUGAGGAGAAGGACGCCAGACUGCAGCGCUACAGAGAAAUUCAAGAUUGUCUGACUGUGAAGGACACUCAGAUCACUCGGGCUCUAACAGAGAAGCAGCAGUUAUACGCCGAGCUGGCCGAGUGUGCAGGAGGUCUGGAGGACUCAGGAGCUCGGCGUAGACUUCUGCUGAGAGGAGACGUCCUGGACCUCCAGCAGGGGGAGCAACUGCUCAAGGGAGCCAUAACAGAGGUGGAGAAUCUGCAGAACCUGCUUUUCUCGGGCGUGAAAGUUCCUCCACUGUUGGAUGCCCAGAGCUCAAUUGUGCUACCCAGGAGAGCGGGCACCUUCGGGGGCUUCGACAGUACCUUCAGCGUCCUGCAGAAGAACGGCAGCGUGAAGAAGCACUCGAACGGAGCGGGGAAGUCCAGAGACAGGAGCCAGCGCGCCAGCUCAGAUCCUCAGCUCAAAGAAGUCUGUGCCAGUCAGAGCCUCAACGAGUCGUUACUCUCCAUCUCUCAGGAAGACGCGCCCUCACCGACCUGGAAUCUGACCUGGUCCAGCUCCAGGUUCCCCCAAGCAGAGGUGUAUGAUCGAGUGCUGGUGCUCUCACAGAGUCUGUACAGUCUGCAGGCCAUCGUCUCUCAGCAGGACAGCAUGAUCGAGCUGCAGCGGGCCUCCCUGGGUUCGGCGGAGCGUCAGCGGGGCACGGACGUGCUCCUGGAGCAGGAGAAGCAGCGGAACCUGGAGAAGCAGCGUGAGGAGAUGGCUCGGUUCCAGCGCAUCCAGGCGCAGCAGCAGCAGGAGCAGGAGCGCUGGGAGCGCGAGCGUCUGAAGCAGCGCAGGCAGAACGAGGCCGAGCAGACCAGGCUGCAGGAGCGGGGGGACGAGUGCAGGAGGCUGGAGGAGAGGCUGGCCCAGGAGAGGCAGGAGCUGGAGAACCAGAGACAGAAGUACCAGCAGGACCUGGAGAGGCUGAGGGAGUCCACGCGGGCCGUGGAGAAGGAGCGGGAACGUCUCGAGCAGCAGAGGAAGAUGAAGAAACGCAACACGGCGCCAAUCAGGAGUACGGUGUACGCCCAGGAGUCAGCAUCGCUUUCCCUGUCGUCCAGUUUUAACGGCGAGGUGAUGGGAGGCGAUUCGUCCCUCCAGUCCCGCCCCCUGGUCCGCUCCAGCCUCUCCGUGUCUCCCGCCGACUACCCCGAAAGGACGGCCAUGCCGGCGAAAACCGAGGUGCCCAUCCACCUGGUGAGCACCACCAACCAGCUGCACAAGCAGGGCGGAGUUCAGCAGCAGAUCCCCACCAAACUGGCCAUGCUGAAGAGCAAAGACAAGAGCGGCAAAGGGAAGAGCUCGCACCGCACGGACAGCUCGGCUUCUGUAGAUAUGAAGCAGAUUCCGGUUCUGAAACUGACCGCCCGGGACUCCGAGAGCUCGCUGAAGGUCCGGAGCUCCGUCUGUCCCCAUCAGCAGCCCCCGGCUCCACCACCUCAGAGCACAGAUUCCUCCAGUGUGACGGACAGAUACACCCCUGACCCUCUGAGAGCGCAGAACCAGAGCGCCACGCCCACGUACGCCGCCAGCGACGACAAAGAGAAGGAGGACGUCAUUUUCUUCUGAACGCCGGGACGCGCUCCAGAACGGACUCUCUGGUUCCGAAAAAAAUAGAAGAUAGUCUUAAAUUUUAGGACUUUUUAUCUGUAAGUGUUUUAAUUGAAGGAGGAGAGACAGUGGAUUUAAAAAAAAUAAGAAGUUGCGUAACAACAGAAAAUAAAACGAUGCGAAUGCCGGCCGGAGCACGGCAGGACUAAAAAGCACCGAGGGUAAACCACGUGUGAUGCAUUUCACCGUCUUUUGGGUGAAAAUGGACCGUCCUCCUCGACCCCGCGCCCAUCCGGACGGUUAUUUUCUCCUGGACCUGCUACUGUACAUCCGAAUGCUGUAAAAAAACAAAACCAUCGGCGAGAGGUCGUGUUUCCUUUAAACAGACGCUAAACGUCGUGGAAAGGCGUGAUUUUCCCCGAUCGUGGUGCGUGUUUGUCAUCAUUAAUUCACCGUUCGCUUCAGAUUUCAUGAGUUUUAUAAGUUUUAUGGGUUUUAACGUCCCUCUGGAUCAUUUUAAUCACAGAUUUUAGUUAACAGAACAGAAAUCUGCUCAAAACCUGGUGGGUGUUUGUUCACGUUUGCACUGGAGCUACUGAAUGCUAUUCUGGCCUGAACAAUUCCCUUAAAAACAGGAUAAAAUAUAUGUACGAUGUUCUGUUUAGCAGGCAUUAAAAGGUUUAGCUUCUAGCUGGUGGACUGGACUAGACUAGUAAUCAGAAGGUUGCUGGUUCAAGCCCGGUUACUGCCAGGCUCCCACUGUUGGUCCCCUGAAUUUAAAUGUAAAUGUACAUUAUAAUUCUGUUAUACUGUGAGUGGCUGUGUAAGGACCCUGAUUGGCGGAAGAGACGCCCGGGCAGGAAGCACGGACGAGAAGAGGUGGGCUGUGCACGUGUAAAGAAGGCGUGGGUAGCGGCGUGCUCUCCUCGGAUGCAAAUCUGGAGUCUGUCAGCAGCGGAGGACAAAUGGGGAGAAAAUGCAUUAACAAAAAUAAUAAUAAUGAUAAUUCUGUUAUACUGGACUAGUGAUCAGAAGGUUGCCAGUUCAAACCCAACUCCCCACUACUGGGCUUCUAAACAAGGUCCUAAACCAAACCCUAAACUGCUUGUAUUAAAGUCAGGAAUGUAAACAUUACCGACCUGGACUGGUAUCAGA